UUCAAAAAUUCGGGAAAAACUUUCGCUAUACCUUUAAUACUUUAAAAACAUCUGGAGUUGUGGUACCCAUCUUGUUGUGAUGUUAGGGUCUGGUCUUCUGUCAGGGAAACACAGACCAGGUGGAGAUGGUAACAAAAACAACAACAAGUAGUUUAAACCCCGGUCCUCAAGGACCCCCUUCCAGAAUGUUUUAGAUGUCUCCUUAAUUAACACACCUGAUUUAACUCAUUAGAUUGUUAAGGUGACAUUCUGGAAGGAGGCUGAUGAGUUGGUUCAGGUGUUUUACAUAAGGAGACAUCUAAAACUUUCUGGAAGGGGACCAGGAUUGAAGAACACUGGUUUAAACAACAGGUAAGUAAAUGAAUGAUAACCUUCUCAGGUACAUGACUGAAGAAUUUGAAGAUGAGAAUCGAUUAAGUUGCCACACACACACUUCUUGACAGUCACCGAACUUGAGUAUAACAUGUUCCUUAUCUUUAUAGAUAAAUCCAGAUGAUCCAAGGAUGAAGGCAAGAAGGAGAAAAGACUGAGGAUACGGAGACAGCUGUCUGGUUCAUAGAGAAACACCGAAGAACAUUGGUGUUAUGCACAUCCCUGCAUUUCAACUUUUCUGCAUGGAGCAGGGAGAUCUCCCCCUCGAGGAACACCUUUUAGACUUUCUAAAGUUGGCUCCAUACACCACCUUUCCGGACAGCUGCCUCUGUACUUUUUUGCUUGCUAGACAGAUCUCCAGUCACAGCCCCAGCCUCGCUUCCAAACCAGAGAUCAGCCAGCUGUCACCCCACUGCACAUAGCCCGAGCCCACCGCAGACAGAGAGCCGAGCUUGCAGUGACAUGAGAGCCAGAGCUUACCACAACUGAGCCCAAUAUCACCCCAGAGCCCGAGCCUCACGGAGUGUCUGACCAGGUGCGUGACCGUGGGAGUUUUGGUGGAGUACAAGGGUGAGCUAUCACUGGACUCUGGACAUUUAUUUGACUGGUUUGAGGAUGUUUUCUGCAGUCUGCAGUCCCUGCUGGUCCCACCCAGCUGCCAUCUCGGGGGAGUUUCCCAAGUCUCCACCUCCAUCCUUUGAGACCCUGAUUCUGCCUCGGCCUUCUAACCCAUCAGCUCCACCUUGGCUCCUGGCUCCCUCAUCUCCACCAUGGCCCGUCUUCCUUCUAGAUCCGCCAGGCUCCCUCGUCCCUCCGACUCUGGCUUGGUCGGACCUCGUCCCGCCUCCUCCUCAGGACUCUACUCCUCUGGCUUCUCCACGUCGUUCCGUCCCACCGGCUCUGUUGGGAUCUUCCUUCCCUCCAGCUCCGCCUCAGUCCUCUGUCAUUCUGGCUCCACUGCGGCUUCCGGAUCUUGCCUCAACCUCAGUUGCCAGAGCCGUCGGCUCCCCCCUUGUCCUCCGGCACCUCGGCUUCCCCUGGGCUCCGUCUUGGCUCCACCCAGGUCACCUCCUUCAGAACUUUCGUAACCAUCACUCGUCCCCAGAAUGUCGAGCAGCAAAAAUCCACCCUUGCUCCUCCUGCUCAAGCCCCCCUUGGCUCCUCCCUCUGUCUUCACCACCCUGGCUCCAUUGACUUCCUUUCUUUUUUGUUUAGUGGCCCCCCUCUCAACACUUCGGUGUAGUUUAAUUCAGGGGGAGUACUGUUACAGUUACAGUAGCUUAUUUGUCUUCAUUUGUAUCAUUGUUUCCAUUUGCCUGUCUCCCUCAUUGUUUUAUUAGUCAUCACUGUUAAUUAAAAAUCAUCACCAAUGGUUCAUUUGGUUCAUUAUUGUUUUCAACUGUUAGCCAUCCUCAUGUAUUUAAACUCAGUGUUCUCCCUUUGUCUCUGUCCGAUCUCAUCUUGUGAAUGUUUAAGAUAUGUUACUCUGCUCGUCAUUCUGUUUAUUGUUUUAUUCAUAUUAAAGUUUAUUAUUAGUAAUA